AUGAUCACCUGGGGCCGACUGACGGGACCCGCUUUGGUAGCCGGCUCCAUCGGUGGAACCCUCGGAGGACUGAUCUCUUGGCUCGCCUAUGCUGCCUAUUUAGAUCCGGGCUUUACGAACUUCUUCAACACGACAUCUCGUCAGGAUGUUCUGUUGUUAGCAAACGGGUUCUGUCUUGGCUUGGGAAUCGUCCUUCCGAUUGCGAUCACCUACGCGACAACCUGGAACUGGUCGAAAAUUGUGCUCAAUCCAGACACCGUCUGGGACUGCGUACGCGACAUCGACAACCCGUUGAAGCCCUGGACAGAAAUUUACGCCAAGUCAGUUAAGCCCAUAUCCACACAUCCAUGA